GUCAAAAACGCAAGCAGUGAGCGAUAGUGUUGCGUUGCGCGAGGAUGCGGAAGUAUCGUGCUGCUGGUGUGCUCAUUUUUGGAUGAUCACCAGCUUUGCUAGGGAAGCGCAGUUUUGGUGAUUAUUUUUUUGGUCUCUAUUCUAAGGAGGAAGAUGAAGCUGUUCACGAUAGUGUUAUGGGUGGAGCUGUGCGUGUUGUAUGUGGUGUUUGCUCGAGAAGAUGAGGAACACAACCGGAUCAAUUACGACAUCUACGUGACGCCAAUCAUGGUGAGCACUAUCGCUGACAACCGGUUUCGUGCAAAAAACCCACUUAUAGCGUGGCUUUCGACUGUGCUGAGCUACAAACCUCCGAGCUUCGGCGUGGAGACAGCGAUCAGUUCAACAAUGAAGCCUCCACCACGUGACUGCUCACAGUGUUCUUGUGGUCGAAGCAAGACAAGCUCAAGAAUUGUUGGCGGGGACGCGGCCGAUGUGAAAGAAUAUCCUUGGAUAGUGAUGCUGCUGUAUCGGGGUGCUUUCUAUUGUGGCGGUUCGUUGAUCAAUGAUCGGUACAUAGUGACAGCGGCACAUUGUGUGCUUAGCUUCACGCCCCAGCAGCUGUUGGCGAAAUUGUACGAUGUAGAGCACGGGGAAAUGGUUACUCGUGCGAUCGUUAAACUGUACGGUCACGAGCGAUUUAGCCUGGAUACGUUCAACAAUGACAUCGCGUUGGUCAAACUGCAGCAGCCGGUAGAGGCAGGCGGUAGCUUUAUUCCAAUAUGUCUUCCCGUUGCUGGCAGAAGCUUUGCGGGUCAAAAUGGAACUGUUAUCGGUUGGGGAAAGCUAGCGAAUGGGAGUUUGUCGCAAGGAUUGCAGAAAGCGAUAGUGCCAAUAAUUUCCAACAUGCAGUGUCGAAAGUCAAGUUACCGUGCUUCACGCAUCACGGACAACAUGCUCUGCGCAGGAUAUACUGAAGGAGGUAGAGAUGCCUGUCAGGGUGAUAGUGGAGGUCCGUUAAAUGUUGGCGAUAGUAAUUUCCGCGAGCUUGUCGGCAUAGUGUCAUGGGGAGAGGGAUGCGCUCGGCCCAACUAUCCCGGAGUCUACACACGAGUGACACGUUACUUGAACUGGAUUAAGUCCAACACCAGAGAUGCGUGCGUCUGUGAGCAUUCCAUAGCUUUAAUGAUUGAUCCAAAUGGUUUUAUAGGAAAGGCACCGUUGCUUAACAGUGGCGUAUGGACAUGGAUCACGACCGUGUUUGGAAUGCCUAUCUUUAGUGUAUUUGCGUACAGGGCAGCCCCUCGUAAUUGUGCACCUUGCUCAUGUGGGACAAAUGCAAAUAAUUCAAAAAUUGUCGGUGGUCACGAAGCUGAGAUCGGACGUUACCCGUGGAUGGUGGCACUGUACUACAACAACCGGUUUAUUUGCGGAGGAUCCUUGAUCAACGAUCGGUACGUCCUGACGGCAGCGCACUGUGUGUUUGGUAGCGAUCGGUCGCGUUUCAGCGUGAAAUUUUUGAUGCACGACCGCACAGUUCCCAAGGAGGAUUCAUUCGAGCGUAAGGUGUCCUACAUAAUGACGAACUGGUUCUUGAACGUGCUCGUCUUCAUUACGAACGACGUAGCUCUUUUGAAACUGAGCGAACCAGUACCACUGGGCGAAACAAUUAUCCCGGUGUGCUUACCACCGGAAGGCAACACAUACGCUGGACAGGAGGGAAUCGUGACCGGCUGGGGUAAGUUGGGUGACGGUACGUUUCCCAUGAAACUGCAGGAAGUACACGUGCCGAUACUGUCGAACGAGCAGUGUCAAAACCAGACGCAGUACUUCCGGUUCCAGAUCAACGAUCGUAUGAUGUGUGCUGGGAUUCCCGAGGGUGGUAAGGACUCCUGCCAAGGUGACAGUGGAGGACCGAUGCACGUGUUCGAUACCGAAGCAAAUCGAUUCGUGAUUGCGGGCGUCGUAUCGUGGGGCUUCGGAUGUGCCCAACCACGGUUUCCGGGCAUAUACGCCCGAGUGAACCGUUUCAUUUCGUGGAUUAACUUCAAUACUCGAGAUGCGUUUUGUGGAGUUGGAGGACGCACCAAUCGCAUUGUCGGAGGCUCAGAAACCGCUGCACACCAAUUCCCCUGGUUGGCUGGCCUUUUCCGCCAGGGCAAACUAUACUGCGGAGCAUCGGUCGUUUCGCGCAAUUUUCUGGUCACGGCAGCACACUGUGUAAACUCGUUCGAAGCGAGUGAGAUUAGGGUUUAUCUCGGAGGGCAUAAUAUUGCCAAGGAUUACACCGAGCUUCGGAGAGUGAAACGAAUCAUCGACCAUGAGGAUUUCGAUAUCUUCACGUUCAAUAAUGAUAUUGCUCUCCUGGAGCUAGAUAAACCACUGCGCUAUGGACCCACCAUUCAGCCUGCUUGCCUUCCGGACGGAAGUGUAAUGGACUUUACUGGAACAAUCGGAGUGGUUGCUGGAUGGGGAAGGGUGGAGGAGAAGCGUGCUCCAUCCAAGACGCUGCGAUCCGUUGAAGUUCCCAUCUGGUCACAGGAGCAAUGCCUUGACGCUGGGUAUGGCAGUAAGAAGAUCUCUGCCAACAUGAUGUGCGCCGGGUACCACGAUGGACAGAAAGAUGCUUGCCAGGGUGAUAGUGGUGGUCCGAUGCAUAAGAUGGGACUGUUUGGCAGCAUGGAAGUGAUUGGAGUCGUUUCGUGGGGUCGGGGAUGCGCCCGUCCAAAUUUGCCAGCUGAAGUGGAACGUGAUUUUAUUCUCUCAACAAUGUACACCAAAAUGAUUGCUCCUGUGAGAAGCAGAUUCCUCGUUGGAUCUAUAGUAACUGCAUUAGUUCUUGUUGGAUAUGUAGCCGAAGCAAAGGGAAGCACACACUGGAAUGAUACGGAAAUUAUUAGCCGGCAAGGAAGGUUUCUGUUUGAUACAUUGUUUGGACUAAAUACGGCUGCUUUUUCACUUGACGAUGAUGACGACCUGACCAACAAUCAGGUGAAGAGCUGUGAUUGUGAAUGUGGAGCAGCUAAUCAAGAAAUUCGAAUUGUAGGAGGUCGGCCCACUGGAGUGAAUCAAUAUCCUUGGCUGGCACGCCUAGUUUACGACGGUCAGUUUCAUUGUGGAGCAUCACUUCUCACAAAAGAUUACGUUUUAACUGCGGCACAUUGUGUUCGAAGACUCAAGCGCAACAAGAUCCGUGUAAUUCUGGGUGAUUACGAUCAAUUCGUAGCUUCUGAGACUCCUGCAAUAAUGCGGGCUGUCACCGCCAUCAUCAGGCACCGAAGCUUCGAUCAAAACUCCUACAAUCACGAUAUUGCGCUACUGAAGCUGCGCAAGCCUGUGGAGUUCACCAAAACCAUACGUCCGGUUUGUUUACCCAAGGAACGCAGUGAGCCGGCUGGUCAGUUGGGCACGGUUGUGGGCUGGGGACGGACUUCGGAAGGUGGCACACUUCCAGCGUUGGUCCAACACGUGGAUGUACCGAUCUUGACACUCGACCAGUGUCGAAGCAUGAAAUAUCGUGCAUCUCGUAUAACGUCGAAUAUGUUAUGCGCCGGUAAAGGCAAACAGGACUCAUGCCAAGGUGACUCCGGUGGGCCACUGCUAGUACGAAAUGGUGAUAAGCACGAAAUUGUUGGGAUUGUGUCAUGGGGCGUUGGAUGCGGCCGAGCCGGCUACCCUGGAGUGUACACCCGUGUGGCGCGUUACUUGCCCUGGCUGCGUGCAAAUCUGGACGAUACUUGUCUCUGCUCGAAAUGCUGUAGUGUUGGCGAAGCUUUGUGGAAGCCGGAACAAAAGAAACCCAACAAAAGUUUAAGUGAACUUCUGCCGGCAGUGGAAAGAAUUGACGUGAGAACAAGCGUGCGAAGAAAAUUGUUAAAAUUAGAACGAAUAGCGAGCUGUGAGUUGCGGAUAACGCUGAAUACGAAGAGAAUGGAAGUGAGCAAUUUAGCACGGAGCAUAAUCAAUUUGCGCAUUAACAUGAUGCUGGAGGUUCCGCUGUUGAUGCUGCUAAUGGUGGGGCUCUUGACAGGUGAUGCGUCCGGGAAGCUGCAAGCUCAGGGCAAAUAUGAGAUGCUAGCGACGCCGAACAAGAAUACGGACGAGCGGAGCAUUGUCGACAAUAUGAAGAUGAUAUUUGGUGGUGGCAGUAACCGUGCCCCAAUCCAUGAUACACCCUCCAGUGCCUGUAGCUGCCGAUGUGGCGAGCGGAAUGAUGCCUCGAGGAUCGUUGGCGGCCAGGCGACCGGCGUGAACGAGUUUCCCUGGAUGGCGCGAUUAAGUUACUUCAAUCGGUUCUACUGUGGCGGCAUGCUCAUCAACGACCGAUACGUUCUUACGGCGGCGCACUGCGUUAAAGGCUUCAUGUGGUUCAUGAUCAAGGUAACGUUCGGUGAGCAUAACCGGUGCGACGACUCUGUGCGCCCGGAAACACGCUUCGUGCUGAGAGCGAUCGCGCAGAAGUUCAGCUUCUUAAACUUCGACAACGACAUCGCACUGUUACGGCUGAACGACCGCGUGCCCAUAACGGACUUCAUUCGCCCGAUCUGCCUGCCAUCCGAUCCAAGUAACGCGUACGUCGGCACAAAUGGAACGGCCACCGGCUGGGGCACGCUGAAGGAGGACGGCAAACCGUCCUGCAUCCUGCAGGAGGUGGAAGUGCCCGUCCUCUCGAACGAGGUGUGCAGUACACAAACCAACUACACGGCAUCCAUGAUCACGGACAACAUGCUGUGCGCCGGUUAUCUGGGUGUGGGCGAGAAAGACUCGUGCCAAGGAGAUUCCGGUGGUCCGCUGAUCGCGGAACGAGAGGACAAACGCUACGAACUGAUCGGGGUGGUGUCGUGGGGCAAUGGUUGCGCCCGGCCCUACUAUCCUGGCGUAUACACGCGGGUGACACGCUACCUCGACUGGAUACGCGAGAACUCCAAGGACGGAUGUUUCUGCAGCGAGUGAGCCAAACCUGCCUGCACCAGGGAUGCAAAGUCGGUCGUAACGGUGUGUCGUUCCGGGUGAUGUGAUGGAAUCGAGCCGGUUGGCGAAAAGUGGUAGAAAAUAAGAUCAAGCUCUAGGAAGUAUAACGCGAUAAUUAAUCUAUCUAGCAUGUAGGACAGUCCGAACCACGGCGAACGGUGCUGAACAAUGCAUACUGCAGUCGACCGGUCGCCGUUUCUUUCCCUUCUGCCCUACAGCAAAGUCACCUACACACGGAGGCCGGCGGAGCGCCCUAGAGAAACCGUAACGUAACCCGCACUGCCAUGGUUUCCUCGUUGGCCGAUUUAGUUUCUCCACUGCGUCACUGAAGAUACCGUUAAACUGGCCGUGGCCGGAAUUUUAAAACGGUAGACAUUAAUAAACAAUGUGAAGAUAAGCGGCGAAAAAAAAGAUGCCUGGAAAACGUUACAAAAAGCCUCAUCCGCGACGGCGCGAUGUACGUUCACCAUAUUCCGCUUUCGUUGAUGUCGAAGCUUUGGCGCGUACAAGAAGCCAUCACAGCUUUUUUGUGCAUUCUAGUGCAAGAGUUCGCACCUAAGCGCUCAUUUUCCCACCGCUGGCCAUUCGAAAGUGGAGGACAAACUUAUUUUAUGAAUAGUACCGGCGCUAGCUGAG